AUGGAGAAGAUAUCAAGCCUGACGGGACCGUCACAGUAUUGGCUCGCCGACGCAAUGCGUUCUAAAGACUGUCUGGAGGAAACUGGUUGUAGCGCAAGCGAUAAAUUGGCGGAAAAAGCUGCACUGGCAUCACCAGACCAGUUUCAUUCACUUGAGGUUUAUGAGAAACUGGCCAUCCCAGCCUCCCUUGUCUUUGUAGAUAAAAUUAUUCUGCUUGUAGCACGCGCCGCUGUGCGGCUGCCGGCCGGGUUCGAAAGACAGAGUCCCAAAGCAAAAUGGGACGAGUUAGUUCCGUAAAAACGAUCGGUGAGCGCCCCUCUAGAAUACACAGCACCGAUUACGAAGACUAAUUUAGCCAGUCAGUUGCAAUCCUUUCAAGGCACAACUCUUAACGCGUCGUUAUGGAUGCGAGUGUGUCCAAUCUGUUUUAUUGAGAAAUACGAUAAUUUGCCAUGGGAAAUGAUCACCCCGGUGCCGACCGUAAUCUCUCCUUCACUCUUUUUCACCACGAGUAGAUUUAUGUGGCUGUCAGCCGGCUGACUGUGAGAUUUGGAACCGUAGCAUUAGACGACCGGCCUACGCGUGAUACACGAGAUUUGAUUACUUCGUCUACUAAAAUAAAUCAGCAAACAUGCUUUCCCCUUACAUGGGAUGUGCAAGUUCUGACAUGGGGCCUUAAGCCGCCCAAAAACUAAUUAUUUUGCAGCAUAUUUCUAUAAUGAUCCAGUUACCUUAGGGUGUAGGUUUUCGAAUGAACUUCCUUCCGAUUGUAUGCAGGAACCACAUUCUGCAAAAUUUGACUACUUACGUAGCAUGCAUUUUUCUCAUUGAUUUUCGAUGCGCUUAGAAAUUUAAUUAUAUUUCAUGGAAAACAGGCAUGAAAAUAUUCGUUCUCUUGUUCAUUGGGUAUAAAAUGAUGUCUUCUUCCAAUUUUAUUUUCAAAGGAAGAGUACUAUUCGGUUUUCAAACACUUUUCCAAUUCCCGAAUAAUUUUGAGGCGUACCUGCCGUUACACAUGCAUUCAGGGCUUCCAAACUACAACCCGUAAAUUUUUGCGUAUGGAAAACCAUGCAUUCCUCUACGGUAUUAAGAGAAGAUUAGAUGGGGUUCAGUAAAAUUAAGCAAUGGAUUUGAGCCAAAAUGUUAACUUUACAUGCCACAUUGGUAAAUGCAGCGACAUGACGUUUUAUAAAUGGCCAUUUCACGGUAUUAAAAAAUAGCACAAUUAGAAACUUUUCGAAACAACAUUAUAGCCUUCCUCUGAGUAUAAAAUUAGCAGUAGACGUCAUUUUCUACCGAAUGAGCAAAAGAAUGCAUAUUUGUACGCUUGUUUUCCAUGAAAUAUAAUUGAACUUUAAGGGCAUCGAAGAUCAAUGAGAAAAUUGCAUGCUUAUUCAGAAUCAAUUAUUGCAGAGUAUAAUUCUUGCACGCAGUCGGAAAGAAGUUUAUUCGAAAGCCGGCACCCUGAGGUAACUGGAUCAUUAUAUAAUUAUGUUGUAUGAUAAUUAGUUUUACAACCCUAUUUAAUUAGUCUUUUUGAAACGGGAAAGCAUUUCGAAAUUUCGGUUGAUGCUUUAUGAGUUAGCCCACCUACUGUACUCUUACCCGUUUUGCGGCCACCUGUAGGGCUCUUGAUUGGGUCGAGCAUGUUCAGUCACCCGAUCUUUGAGCGCACUUCCAGCAUAGUUUAUGGUAAUAUUACGUGCUCACUACGAGGUCUCCUCAUACUGGACAUGACGGGAUGGCAUACACGUGCUAAGUACUGUCUGGCAGAGGGGUGCUUACUGAUCGUUUUCACAGAACUCACUCGCCCCGUUGUGUCUUACGGGCUCUCUCUCUCGAGGGCAACGGGCAGCCGCCCAGUGCCGUUGAAAGUGGAAAACGAACCCAUACCUUCUAGCUGGUGAAUUUUUACUUCAAGUGGUUCAGACUUCGUUCCUACUUUUGUUACUGUAUUCUUUUCUAAAAGGUUUUAACAAUUAGCUAGAAACUUGGUACGUUUUCACGCACAAAUACUCCAAACUGCGGGUGGCAUGUUUUUAAUUCUCUACUGUCUUCUGACGCUUUGCAUCUUAACUGACCUGCAGAACUUUGUUGUUCAAGUACAAAGUUUCGCAGGGCUUACAGGAAAAUUGUUGCCUGAUUGUCUGAGGGACCUUGCCUUAAUUGAAAUGAAAUGUGUCUACUACUAGAGCCGGAGUUAAAGUUUGCUGCAGACUGCCAACCGUCACUCAAUUAUGAUUCUGAUUCUUUUGCAAUAGCCAUCAACCCAAGGGGAUUUGAGACUGAGGUUGGGAUUAUUGUCAAAGUUGGGGGCUAGAGGGGAGGUCAGAGUUAGAGUUAGGAGUCUCAUCGUGGAAUGCAGCACAGACCAACCAGUAAUACGGGAAGGUACUUACUCCCAUGGCAAUAAUGAAUAGGCAUUAAUGCACGGAUUCUGGAACGGUAUCUGAUGACUGUCUAAUUAUUGCCGUUUGUAGGACAUUUUUAAACACAUCUGCUAUGAUUUAUUUUCCUUUGUAAAAGGAAUUCAAGAAGCCAGAGGCAGGCUGUAUGCAGUGUAACCUGUGUUCGGGUGUUACGCGAGAGUGGGUGAAGAUGUAAACGUUGUCGGGUUGAUGGCACACUGGAUCCGAAGGUGUCCAACAAGACCGAUUUGUGCGCGAGAAGCGCAUUGGCAGCACGAGAAUGUUGGAAGCGGCGAAUGGGGGAGGCGCUUGUGAUUUAAGAGCCCCCGUUUGGCUUCGGUGGUGGCAAUCCGAUUUGCUUUGUAGAUGGCAGCAUAGUCUCCACUCUUUUCGCCAAGCCGGUCUGUUCUGGGCGAGGUCCAGCCAAACGAAUACCACCCCGUAAGUGCCCAACCACCACCAUCCUCCCUGCCCCAACCACUGCAUCGACCGCGUCGGCCAACAUCACCACCUCCACCACGACUUGACGCACUCCCCCUCACCGAUGGGGCGUCGACGAUGUCCCAUCACCUUCUACCAUCGUCACCAACCCUCCCACCUCCAGCGAAGUGGACUCGAUUUAUACUUGUCCCCAUCGCGAUCGCAUAUUCGCCCCACAGACCGGUCUUGUGGGCCAUUUGAAAAUCCAUCGCACGGAGGCUAGUGAACCAGAGCCUGGGGGCACCAAUCUACACUCACAGCGCCUCCUUAAACUGCCAUCACUCUCCCCGUACAUUCGCUCACCGCAAGGGCUCAUUAGGUUGGAUGCCUAUCCAUGAAGACUUGCGAUAGAAAAACGCCGGACUACAGCACACAUCCCCAAUUAACAACCGCUUCGCACAAAGACACCACCUACACUGCAAACACGCGAUUGGAGGAGGGGGAGGAUUUGUGUUGAGGUUAAGAGGAUCAUGGUUAAAGUUUGGACAUGGGAAGUGACACGAAUCCUGGAAUUUAGCACGGAGCCACAUGCAAUAUCGAGUGGCACUUAUUCCCGUCUAAGUAGUGGGCAGUCAUAAAUGCACGGUUUCUGGAACGAUAUGUGGUGGCUGUCUAGUUCUUUCCUUUUGUAGGACAUCUGCAAUCACAUGUGUCAUGAAUCAUUCGACCUACACAAAAGAAAUGUGAAUAGCCGUAUGCCCAGCUGUAUUUUGUGUAACAUGUCCGAAAUUGAAUUUUGUGUUUGUGGUUUAGGCUAACUGGAUUAACAAAAAUAAGAGCGUUACACGAGCACCAGGGGCACUACAAUACGCGAAGUCAGAAACUAUUGUGUAGCUUGAUAAGUUUAUGAGCUUUUUAAAUAUUCAUAUUCAUAUUUUUUAUAUCAUUCGCAGAAUUAAUCAGUUGUAUGUCCCUCUCCGUUUCCUACAACCUCCUCUCAACGUUUAGGCAGUUUCUAAAUCCAGCGCUUUGAGAAAUCUGUGAGCUUCAACUCAAAGAAGUCGUCGAUCCGGUUUUAGAGAUCUGCGUUGUUACUGAAGGAUACUCCGAUCAAAUUGUUUUGGAAUGACUGAAAAAGAUGGUAAUCCGAUGGAGCAAGGUCUGGCGGGUGGAAAAUGACCUCCCAACUAAGCCUACCGAUUACAUUUCUGGUUAAUUAUGCGACGGAGACCCUUUGUCAUGCUGCAAAGUGACACCAAUUAUACGACGUUUUUUGUUAAAUUGUUUUAUCUGAACAGCGAAACUGUUGGCUGUAAAUCUCUGCAUUAAGAGUUGAUUCCUUUUUAAGCAAUUUGUAAUCGAUAACUUCCCCCAUAUUCCACCAGUCAUACAAGAUAUCCUUGGGAGUAUGAAUAUCACGUGUGGUUUGAGAGGUUGCUUACUUGUAGGGUUAAACAUCCUCUUCUUUGAUUCAUAUUCCGGUAUAGGCACCACCUUUCGUCGCCAGUACUAAAAACCUUCAGAUAUGGUUAAACUUUUUAACGGGUGAGGCGAUGAUGGGUCAAUAAUGAAGUACAAACAUUUGAAUGAUGAGUUUUGUUGUCCUCGCUGAAAGCGUACGGAACCAAAGAACCAAGAUUUUGGACCAUUUCCAUCGAUUGCAGGUGUCGAACUAGUGUCGCUUUGCCGUAUUCCAUCUUUCUGGCCAUUCCUCUCUACUGUCUGACAGUAAUCUGUAUCAAUUAAAGCUUUUAGACUAUACCCAUUGUAGACUGGCCUUCACACGGCGCGCGGAGCGUCUGACAUACCACAACCGCCUUCUUUUAAACGGGCAGCCUAUCUCUGAUUUGUACUUCUAAGAAUUGAACCGUUCCUGUAAACAGCACAAAUUUUUCUGACGGCCUACAACGCGUUGACUCCUCCAAUGGGUUAAAAUAAAAGACAUCGGAAAUGUUCAUUUUUGUCGACCUGGCACUUCAUUUUCUUCGGACUGUAUAAAAAAGUGAAGCAAAAUUAAAAAUUACCGAAAAAUUCUACAAGCGCUUGACCAGAGAAACAAAAAUAACAUGUAAACUGCGUACAUCAAGCAGUUUUUAACACAAUAAAAUUUUAAAUAAUUGGAAAUCGCAAGAAAUUAUGGAUCAAGUCAGUAGAUUUAUUUCAGUUGACGUUGUUAGCCUUCGAAUGAAAGCCAGAAUGCCCAUGGUUUGGGGGAGCUAUGUUCAGUGCAUGAGGAUACCGUCACCACAGAUUUGCUUGAAAUCAGGUCGGCGGGACGACUAAAACUUAAAUGCACACGAACCUUACGCGAGAGAAAGUUACGUCCGCGUGCUUAGACAAUGAAACCCAUUAUUUGCCUUUUUACUCAUAAAACGUUCUUUGUUUCGUAAUAACUUCUUUGCGUUUGGCUCACAGUUUAGCAUUUUCUGUGCGCACCGUGCGAAUUUUCGAUAUAUUUUCUAGUAAUGCGUUCUGUGGUAGAAAUAGAAUACAAGAAAAGUGCCGUUCGUGUGCGUUCUUUGUCAAAAAGACGCGAAAAUUCCCAUAAUAUACCGUAUGUCUUCCAUUCCAAACAGUUCUCGGCUUCUAAUUUGUCGAGUGCUCUCACGCAACUACCGCUCAGUAACACCCAAAUCCUCAGUGCAUGCAUUCAAGAUUGGGGUCUUGAAGAAGAUUUGUCGGAUUUACUAAAACGUGUGCCUGUAGGCGAACCACCGUUUCAGAAUUUUAAUGACACAAAUGGUAGCCGACAAAGUAAGACAAAUUUUCGAAAAUAUCUACACCGAUAAUCAUAUUUUGGGCGACAAAUAGGGUGCCAUCCAUUUCAACCGGUUCUCAGUUUCUGCAGUAGGUGGGAAAACUCAUGAAAUGUCAACCGAAAUUACGAAAUGCGCUUUCAUCUCGAAAAGAUCAAUUAAGAAGGGUUGUAAAACAAGUCAGCUUGCACCAUAAUUCUAUGAUAAUUCAAAUUUUAUACUCAAAGGAGGGACAUAAUUUGAUUUUUAAAAAAAAGUUUCUAAUUGUGAGACUUUUUAAUACCUUGAAAUGGCCGUUCACAAAACGUCAUGUCUCUGUAUUUACCAAUGUGGCUUGUAAAGUUCACAAUAUGGAUCCAAUGCACUGCGUAACUUUAUGAUCCCUAUAUGGUCCCCCUUUAGUACCGUAGAGAAAUGUGUGGUUUUCCGUACGCGGAAAAUACAUGGCUUGUAGUUUAUAAACCCUAAAUGAAAGUGUGACGGCAGAGCGGGUUCAAUUAUUCGGGAAUUAGAGAACUUUUUUAAAACUGAAUUAUGUCCUUCCUUCAGGCAUAGAAUUAGAAGAAGACGUAAUUCUCUACCCAAAGAGCAAAUGAAUGAAUUUUUUAUGCAUGUUUUCCAUGAAAUAUAAUUCGAUAUUUAGGGGCAUCGAAAAUCAUCGAGAAAAAUUCUUUCUACUUAGGUAGUAAUUUUUACAGAGUGUGGUUUUUUCAUGCAGCCGGAAGGAAGUCCACUCGAAUGUCGGCAUCUUGUCGUAACCAAAAUAUUAUAGAAUUAUGCUGCAGGCUGACUAGUGUUACAAAUCUACUUAAUUAAUCUUUUCGAAACGAAAACGCAUUUUGGAAUUUCGGUUGACAUUCCAUGAGUUAGCCCAACUACUGUACUUUGUAGAGUGCUCUUACGCAUCUGCUGCCCUGUCACACCCAAAUUCUGAGGAAAUUCAUUCAAAAUUUGUGUCUUGGAGUAGAUUUGUCGGAUUUAUUAAAACGGGUGCUUAUAGGCGAACCGCCGUUUCAGGACUUUAAUCGCACAUCUGUUAGUUGACUCAUUAAGGCAAAUUUUUGAAAAUAUCUACACUGAUAAUCAUUAUUUUAGACGGCAAAUAGUGCUUUUAUAAUGGAUUAACUAAUUCUGGUAAUUACUUAAAACUGCAGGGUGUGGCCCUGACAAAACGGUAUAGGGACUGCAAAGUAACGUGAGUGGUUAUUUCUUCCGAAUGAAUUUUUAUAACCCCGCUAAGCACACGGCUGUAGUUAACACCAGAAAAGUGUCUACACAAAAGCUAGCCGCGGAUGUAGUUCCGCAUGGUGUAAACGAAUGAUUUUCUAUGAUUUUCAAUAUCAGGGCAGAUAGAAGGAUGAUCGGGCACUUGGAAAGUAUGUGUGUUUAUCUAACUUAACGCACUUUUAGUCGCGUCCAUCGAUUGGUGAUGAGAAUUCAUCACCUCCGUCGUCCGCUUAUAGUGGGGGGAAAACUAACCACACCUUCGACGUCUUUGAAGCACGCAUCAGCGUCUGAUAAGGGAGAAGGACAUCCUGAGAGAUGUUGCAUUUACGAAAUUCAUAGACGAACUUGGGCGGUCGCCGCGUAGAAUUCCCCUCACGCCAAGACCGAAGUGAGCCGAGAGUCACUACGAAAAGUUGCGCCGACUCGAACGAGACUCGUCAUUCAGGUGUCAUGUUGCGAACCACCACAGAAUAGCUCGACAUUGGCAUGCCCAACAGACCUUUGUGCAAACGCAGUGCAGAUGUUUACGGAGACACCAGACCAGUCAAUGAGUGGAGUGAAUUAAAAUUGGUAGAUUUUUACUCUUUAAUUAGGAAGUUGAGCACGUCUGAGAUUCGAAAAGGUACAACUCCUAUCUGUGAUCCUUCUUCUUAAUCCCCUUCUUUUGUUUUUUUCCGCCUCUCCCUCCUCCUCCUCUUCCGCCGCUUCCUCCUCCUCCUCCUCCUCCUCCUCCUCCUCCUCCUCAUCCUCAUCCUCCUCCUCCUCCUUCUCAUCCUCAUCCUCAUCCUCCUACCCCUCAUUCCCUUCCUACGCCUUCUUCUUCUCCUCCUCCUCCUCCUCCUCCUCCUCCUUCUCAUCCUCAUCCUCCUGCUCCUCCUUCUCUUCCUACGCCUUCUCCUCCUCCUCCUCCUCCUCCUCCUCCUCCUCCUUCUCCUCCUCUCCCUAUUUCUUUCGUAAAGCGAUUCCUGUGGCAUGUAUCUAUGCUUCCAUACGUAAUACGGAUAUUGUUCACGUAAUUUGGCCUUUCCAAGCAUGUCAUCGCGCUGUAAAAAUCCUCCAUCAUCAGCUUAAAAUGAACAUUAUUUUAGAGACACAGAAGGGCUGAGAAGUUGAUUUGCUUGACAGAAAUCAAGAAUUUCUUGAAAAUUAUCCUUUCAAGAAGUGUUGCUAGAGAUAGGGUUUUGUGCAUGCAAUGGUAGUUAUUAACAUCAGAUCGAGAUCCAGAUUUAAAGGUAAGAAGAAUAACCGAUGUUUUCGUGUUUCGGGUAGACGUCCGCUCGAAAUAUAGACCAAAAAUAAAUGGCUGAGCAAUAUGAGAAAGUCAGGUGCCUGUUUGAUACUCGACUCUGGAAUCCCGGUAUGAGUUUUUCAAACGACAUAUGUGUUUCUUAACUAGAUGAGAAGCCUGGAGCCGAACAAAUGGAAGGGGCUGGUUCAGACUCAAUGGUAUGGCGUUCUGCAAAGAGCACACUAGACAAUUCUGCCAUAUCAGUGUCAUGUUUGAGGACGGUUGUGUUAUUGUUUAGCAAUGGUGGAAUUUCAUGACCACACUUGGAGGAGGACCGAUGACGGGAGAUUCCAGCAACGGAUUUGGCAGGAUUCGUACCGUUGAGAUUAACUAAAUCUUUCUGCCCGUCGCGCGCGCCUGGCACAACAUCGCGGUCAUUUUAAAAGUUCUGUGAUUCUAAACUAAACGGAUAGAGAACUCAUGGAUAAGUCAUGCAGCUGUUGUCUCAACUUUUUGAGUCUUUUACAAAUAAAGUGAGGACUAAGGGAAUCUGGUGAGUUAGACUUCAGAUAUGUACGAGGCAUAGACUCUAGGACGUAUUUGGAAGCAGUGGAAAUGACGUCACAAAAAUGUUGCGUCAUAGCGGGUUAGCAAACCAUGCCAAUUCAAUGGUCCAACAAAGUUAUUUAUUAAGUCAUUGUCCUCGCAUUCGCAAUCCAUGUUAGCCUAUAAUACGCUGGUCUUCUUUGAAAAGGUGAGUGGUAGACAACGACGAAUUAAUACGCUGUCACUAUGACCAGAUCCUCUCCGAAUUCAACGAAACGAGAGACAGUGUUAUUGGUAAAAAAAAUAACUAAAAUGCGAUUAUCGCCUGUUGGAGAGUGCACAAGCUGAGAUCAGUUAACAAUUCAUAAUAUCUUAAAAAGGUGGGAAUCUAGGUGGACAGUCAUUCGAAAUACAGCGUAAUUCAGGGUUGCAGACAUAGCCAAUAAUCUUCUUCCUCGUUGUCAAGAGAACAAAUAUGCGAAGCAGAGAUUUCCCGAAAAUGAGGAAACAUUCACAACAAAGGGAUAGUGCAUUAGGGGAGAUCUAAUAUUAGGAAGGUAGCCACCUCCGCGCCUAAUUGGCCGAUUCGACGGUAGAAAUCAAAAUCAUGCAUUAAAAGGAAAGAUUCGAGAACAAGGGAAUAAGUAUAGGAUUUGGUCCUGUAUAUAACAUCGGUCGUAAUUUCGAUAGUAAUGUUUUUGGUUUUGGCUACUUUGUUUAUAACAGACCUGGCCUUUCAUAAUAUAAUAUUCAAUGUUUUUCGAGCAACAUGUCUAUUGUCAACGGCACUUAUUAUCAAAAUGUCUAGGUUGACAGGUAAGCUGUAAACCAAUGUUAUUUGGAGAGGAAAUAGUAAUAAGCCCAGAAUAAUUGACAUAUUGUGAGUCAGCAAGAAAAAACUGAGGGGAACCUAAAAGAUGUAGGGAUAUAGUUUUCAGACACCGAAACACUAAGAGAGUUAGAACAGGCAUGUGCUUGUUGGUAGUUAACUUGGAGAGGAGCGGACCCAGAAGGAAGAUAGGGUAAGGCAGACAGCUAUAAGAAACAAAUAGUGGAAAACCAGAUCUGGGAUGGAAGAAACAGGAGUUAGGAGGAUUUACGUGAGAUUUAUUGGCUUUAAGUGGUGGGAAGCCUGAACUAGGUUGGGGAGUAAAUUACUUAAGGUAGUUCAUGUGAGGACAUUUUACAGGAUACAUAGUAGGGCGCUGGCUAGUUGUUGGCAUGAGGAACAUAGAAUUGUUAAGAGGUUUAGUUAGACCUACGAGUUUAUAAACGAGCUCGGUUGUAAAGGCUUAGUAAAUCUAAGAGAAGGCGGCGCACCAAUAAAUGGAAUGACGCUGUAUUUCUUUUGGGUGAGAUUUGGAUUCCGUUUUUGAAUCUCAUCUCGCCGACGUCAUGCCAAGGUUACUUAAAUGGGAAACCCGAUGGAUCCUGUUGAAUUGGAGAAGCUAUCGGUCCAGCUGAUGUAGACGGAUAUGCCUACGUUCUAGGAGGACAAGUAGGAGAGUUGGGAACAACAACUGGGGCUACUGCUAAGGUGAAAAUUGUUCAAGGCGUUAAAUGGCUUGAGUGACAGGCAAAUGUGGGCGUAAGGGGAAGAAGUGAGUCGGGGUUUGCGGGAGUAGGAUUAACUGAGUUUGCACGACUACUUGUGUUAUAAUCGACUUGAUGGACAUUUGACUAAGAAUACUAGGGUUUAUGUCAGAAAAGUGACCUAAUUCUGUGCUAUGUGAGGUAUGAUAAUGACAAUGAAAAAAGUUCGUGUCUUUCGCAUACACAGAAACACGAUCUCCGUAAGCAUUUCCUUCUGGGUUAGGCGGAGUCGGUCGAGUCAUGUGAAUCUACCACACAGGUGUAUGAGUUAAUCUUCUCGUCUUCGGGGAUAAUUUCGCCAGUCCAUUUUGACUAUUCGCGGCAUAAGCUAUGAUGAAUAGUUCCCCAAUCGAUUGGUCGUGCUAAUGGAUCGACAUUUGUUUGCACAAUCGUCCAGGCAGGCAGCCGUCAGAUAGCGAUGUGGAUGAAAUGUGGAUUAGAUAACAAUGAGUCACUCACGAAAGGACCUGUCGGACUAUGAUUUCCAGAUCAGCGCUUGAGCAAACUACAGGGCGUGUUGAGCUGGGGACCACUAGGGGGGAUGGAACACAGUCUUCAACCUUUGACUCUGAAAUCACAACAUUGCCGCUCUUCAGUCUGUCUUUCGGAAGUCACUUUAGUAAAACAAAAGAAGAAUCACUUCGCUUUGCUCAGCAAACCAGUACAGGAAAUCAAUCGCAAAAUCACCUAACCGUGCAUAUCGACUGAUAUUUUUCAAUAAGAAUUUAGUAGUCCUCCCUCUAUUUAUCACUAAUACAUCAGCAAUCAAGUGAACGAGCAAGUCAAGAGGCUUGCAUUCUUGGUAGGAAACAUCGGAGAUGUUCCCAUUAAACAAUUUUACCGGAAUUUAUGACAUAUAGACAAAGGUUAGCAUAAAUUCGCUGCAAUUGUAAAGCGCAGGCAGAUCAAGCUGCCUAUCAGUAACAACGGAUGACGAAUUGUUAUAAAUGCUGUCUGAUCUAGGUCUCAGAGAUACACGCCUAGGCGCAAAGGUUGAGGGCUUUCGCCGACCUGCGACUUUUGUUCUUAUCAUAUGUCGAGGUAAGUAUCGAUUAACCAAAACUACUGAGAAAUGUGACGGCGAUUUUCAGUGAGAGGUUGACGAGGUAGAAAAUGCACACUGUUGGGGAGAGUUCAAAUAUACUGGAUGCGAAUUGCGUACGACUGAUAGGCUAAAGUCACAGUCUGGCAAAACUGUAAAGAUAAACGACAACCAAUAAUUCUAAGGUAAUAGACUUGUAUUUUAAGAACUUGAUUUGAAAAAUGGCUAAAAGUUGUUGCGUCCCUCAGAAAAAAUCUUUAUGAAUAAUGCCCUUUACUUAUCUUCAAAGUUCUUGCCGGCGGCUUGGCCUUGACACCGUAGCGGGCAGCCAUCAUGACCGGUCUGACGUCAUUGUUCAAGACCUGACGCCUCAAGGUCAUUCACCCUGUGCAGUAAGUCGUUUUAGACGCGUUGAACUAAAGUCACACGACCGACAGCUCGGGCAUACCUGCGUCCGCACAGCCGCCACUGCCUAUGCGGCCACUUGAACGCAUCCCACCACCUGCAAGCAAAAUCUAUGCCAUUGGGGUACCACCAUUCGGCAUAUGCAACACACACUGACUGGCCACCACUUGAGCUUGACCCACGAGCCUACAAAAGUGGCUGACGCCACUGUCCCAAGUACUCUCAGGCGUGACCAGAUGCAGUCAACAUCGGCCCUAGCUUCGCCAAUGGUCACAGCCGUCUGAGUGGACAACUGCAGAUUUCGUAUUCAUUAAAUCCCACAUUCUGGUGCUUUCUGUUUUCUCCUUCCAACAUGGGAUUUGACUUAGUAAUUGUAGCUCACAGAACACACACUCACACCACUUGGUCUCAACAGCGGUCUCAAACAACUUCGUACGCUUGGAUUUGCAUCGAAUUCUUCUUGUUUCAAAAUGUUAUUUCCUACAAAGACAAGGGAGACAAGACAAGUCUCGCUUUUCUACGACGCAGCAAUGCCUGCUGAUGACAUGAAGGUAUGGAGUGGAAUGUGAGGCCCUGCCGACGAAGGUAAAAUGCAGUUGAACCUAGAUCAGCUGGAGGAGUGUUCAAAACGCUGGCUUAUGCGACUUAGCAGGGGUAAGUGUUGCAUACUUCGCCUGGGAAACGAAGCCAUCACAAAGGACUACUCUGUGGGCGGUGCAGCCUUACGAGACGUGGAGGCCAAAGUACCUCGGCAUGCUAAAGACGAACUCCUUUAAGCCAUCCGACCAAUUUUCGGGAGUGGCAAAUGCGCAAUGUCCACACUGACUGUUAUUAAGUGAGCUUUUAAGGAUCCUGACGAAUACGUCUUCUGUAAGACUUUUGGAAAGUCCGUGUGGUCGCACUUGGAAUACGGCAUACAAGCUUUAAAACCGUGGGCUGUUUAAAAUCAAAAUAGUCUUGAAAUAAUCCAGAGGUUAACCACAAUAAUGGUUAGGUGUUAAAAGCUCAUUUCCCUAUACAAUCAGGCAGACAAAUGUGAACCACCCCCAUGUGAGUAUUAGGCAAGUGCGCGGGAUCUCUUACAAGCAUUCCACACUGUGAAGGGAUAAGAAGGAUACCUAGCUAUUUAAGACUUUCUUGAACUCCCUGCGAUAACCAAGCUCUGAGGUUACCCGUUUGAUGGGAUCCCGACGGGUCUUUAACAAAAAUAAUUGAAUUGAAAACUGUGCAUUCAUCAAGCGUGGAUGGAUGUGCGGGAUUUAUCCUUCUAUAUCCGAGUGCUUAAACCGUGGAAUGCUAUUCCUGCCGAUUUUGGGAUGUCAACAUCAAUCAAAGCUCUUAAAGGAGCCUUGACAUAUUUGAGUUCAGCGAUGAGCAAGGCCAACGGGAAAUCCUGCUCAAACCAUAGGACUUACGCUCAGUUUGUCACUCUCUUAUGGCCCAAUUUGAAUUGUUUCAACCCACAUGGUAAUUUUGUAUACUGAACUUACGUAUAGGUUCAAAACAAGUAGUCAAAGGGUCACACAUUUUUAUAAUAAACUGAACUGAGCUGGAAUGAGUUUUCGGGCCUUCGGAAAUUCUCAUGCAUCCCCCACCGCAUAACGUCCUCAAGCAGGUGUCUUUUGCCAACUCCUUAGUGUUCAUUUUGCCAUCCGACCUAUGCAGAUUAAUGGCAGAACUGUCUCUUAAAAAGUUGAACUGUUGGCUUAAGACAGCAACCUCCUUUGUACUUCCAUCUGCCUCGCGUUUAAACCCGUCACAUAAAGAAAUUUACGAGAAACGGGGGCUUUUCGGACUGUUUGUGUAGCGCCUCCAGCCGCCCCUGAUGUUUUUGGGACUACUGCUUUGUAUUUCUCUGACUUUCUUGACGACCAACGGCCUAGGUUUGCAUACGCAAAAUAUUUGACAUUUAGAUAGAUGUAAGCGGGAUUUCGUCUGUCCGCCUUGCAGCGGGAUCUAAUCUGUUUCCGCAUGGCAGAGACGGUGUGCUAGAGGUCAAAUAUAAUGGAAGGUGGUUUGCCGUCUGCAAUUUCGGAUUUGAUCACAUCGCUGCCUCCACGGCCUGCUAUAUGCUUGGAUUGUUGGUUUUUAUGUUUUUUAACAAGCGUUCUAGCCCACCAUUUGGCGUACCAAUACUGAACAGCAAAGGACGAAGCUCACUAGACAUUGGCUUGUCGAAUUUCAAUUGCUCGGACCGCGUAUCGCUUGGUCCGAACCCCCCUGAUCCGCCAUCUCUUCAUCUAGGCAACUGCGAGUUUACUUCUGAACCGCCACGCGUUUGCUUAAAUCAUGAAAGGGAUGUCUCGAUUAUGUGCUUAGAGCCAGCGGACCUUGGCAGUAUGACAACUGUUGCGCCAGUGAAAUUUGCUCCAGUUACUUGUAAGUCAGUUUACACAGUGUUUAAGUAGGGUUCUUGUUCAAUGGCAAACAUUUUUUUCUCAAAUAUUCUCAACUAUUUCAGGCCCGGGUAAUUCGACCGAUGUCCGACUGGUUGGGGGCACGUCAUCUGCCGGCCUUGUUCAAGUACGUCAUCAAGAGACAGGUGAAUGGGGCACUAUCUGCGCGGACGGCUUUGGGGUGAAUGAGGCGAAGACCAUCUGUCGCAUGCUUUGUCAUAGCAAGUCAGUUAAUCUGAAAGCUCCCUUGUGUAUUUUGUUUGUGCACAUUAUUUUUGGUGGAUCAGUCCUUGAAUUAGGUUGCAAUUAAGGUUAAUGUGAGAGCGCUGGUUCUGAAAGUUUUGAUUAACUCCAGAGACUAAUUCCGGAUUUUUCUGUGCUCCACACUGAGUUCAGCAAUUUUAAGCGGACUUUCCCCUUAAAGCAAUGGAAUUCAAGUGAAAGUUUAACUAACGUGAUCAGUUCCGGGUUAGCACAUAAGUGGUCGUCAAUUGGCCUUGGACUCUUGACCUUCUUUCACGGGUUGUUGUUACUUGAUCCACCGACUAGAACUCGGAUUGAUCUCGAAGUAGUGGUUACUUCCGAGCUAGAAGCGAGCUCGACUGGUCGACUUCUGGAGUCCGAUGCGAAAUCGCUUUGUGUUCUGUUGCUGUUAGAGUCUCAGUCGAUCGGCUUCGGUUGGUUACUAGAGGUGCUAACCCAACUGUCACGUUUAAGGUGCGGAUGGACGAAUAAAUUGUUGCUGCGAUGGCAUGAGUCUAGUGACCUGAUGGUUUGUACAAACGAUUUGUUUUUUUUGCCGUGUUAGAACUGCGAAAAUGUGUUUUUUUCUAGUCAUUGCGCCUCAAGCAUCUCACAACGAAAACAGCGCCUGUUUGUUAGCCUAGUUGCUGGCUGCCUUCAUAGUAGGCUUGGAAGGAAUUCAGCGAAAUCAGGUCUGAUAAAUAACCGAUCGUAGGCCGUGUAAUGGUUAUUUUCCAAAUCAUAGCUGGGCAAUGAUCGGACAAAUAUUUCAAACGGUCAAAAGUCAAAGUGACACUGCAUGACAAAUGUUGCCUGCCAUCCAGCCACGGCAAUCCAAAUAGCCACCUCACCGAAUAACGUCACAGCCAGAGGCCGGCCGUAGCCUCAUGCACCAUGUUUCCUCAGACUGUCAUAGAUAUUCAACUUAUGCCGUGGAUUGAGGGGUCGGCUGAUUCAACUCCGAUUCUAACCGGUGCAAAUAAGGAUACAUUUAGCAGGAAGAACGCAUGACAAUUCCUCGUAAUCCCAACUAUGCAAAACACUGCCCACCAUGCCGAGAUCCUUGUUAGUUCACACUAGUUUUUCGCAACUUUACAGGCUACAUCAAUUCGCAAAUUUUGGCCACUUUGUUUUUGCGAAAUUAUUCAGUUAGGUACAGUCAUUUACUCGUUUUUUUUCAACGUUGUUCUCAACCACACUCUCCGAUGACAAGCUCGAACUUAUAGAUUUGACAAAAUGAAGACAAAUGCACCGCACUUUGGUAGUUACUUUUAGGUGGCUUGCAUUAUAAUUGCCGUUUUGAGAAAUAAUGGAAAAGAGUUCACAUGACUAUUUCUUUGUCUCCGUUAAUUCGCUUAAAUCUUGCGUCCAGGUAGGAGCUGCUUGAAGCAUAAUCAUAGUGGUCAAUAAGUUUAUGCAUUUUUUAGUCUUUCAAUUAAUGGUCGAGAUACCUUUUCGCCAAAGUAGCAUCGGAUUUGGGACAGCAGUAUUAAACUUGUUGGAAAACCGACAAAGAACAUUUUGAAACCAUUUAAACCACUCUCUUUCUAUGACAUGAGAGAUACAAAUACUGGCUGUCUCAUUCAAAACUGACCUGAAUACUCCUUUCAAACUGACCGGAAUUGUGCCAGGUAUCUUGGUAACGAUCCGGGUGUCACUAGGGACGCAUGGGCACUCUCAGAGGCUCGCAAAAAACUCUUCGGGCGGUGUCGAUUCAGUUGCAUUGUUGAUGAGUGCGCUUUGUCCGUUUAGUAUAAAUUUCACCUAUGGGUGUUCGCGAUAUCUCAUUUCUUGGCGAGAAGAAAUAUUAAUCGAGAGGUGUUAAUUCUUCCAGUCAAAGUUGCGACUAAAUAAUAGUUUGGUCUUUGCACCGUAGAUGGCUAACCGAACUCAUUUAGUGAUUCUUAGGUCACAAUAGCUUGGGACUGAAAGGGCAACCGAAUUUCACCUUGUCCGACACAAAAACAGAGUUUUGAACUGUCGGAAAAGAUCGUUUUUAACAGGGGCUCGUGCAUUUGUAGAAUGAAUAUCUUCAAGUCGUGAAAGAUUGACUCGGCGACUGAUUUAUUUCGUUCUAAACUAUCAGGUCGGUUGUCUCCAGUACUCUCAUGUAUAGGCCGGCAGAACGAAUCGACGGCGUUCCAAAGAUUGCGCAUAACCUGUGAGCCCAGGCCUUUCCGCUCAAUUGCUGCUCCAUACUCGUGCACCUAGAUUGAAAGCUAUUUUUGGGUCAUGUCAUGGCAGUAUAAAGAUCAAUUAAGUCAAGCUCCCUUAUGUGGAUCCCGGAAAAUCAUGACUAGACGGCGGAUUAUUGGCUCAGACCGAUGUCCAGUAUUCACUUUAGCCGACCUUGACAUGCGUUUAGUGACUUUUUAAAUGCCUUUCAUGGCAUGCCGUGUAGUGAAAGUUUCCGCUCUGCCUUUCAAGCCGACCUCAUUGGCUGUUUCCGUUUAGUCUUUGUUUUCGAAGCUUCCGGACACUGGUUAAAGAGACGAAACUCUGACAAGUACCUGCCAUCUCUCAGCCCCUGUCUAAAUUUUCAGGCCUUACCUUCUACGUAUUCUGAGGAGUGCUGGCUGUCAUAUUGUAGCAGUUUUUGAACGCGUGCGACUUUCUGUAGAACACCAGUUUGGAUGACGCUGUCUUGUGUCUUGAUAUCUGAACGCUUAUAAAUGAAAUCUCCCCAACUCGUCCGUCCCCUGUUGUGAGCUAAAUUUUUGGUAAAGUGAAGUUGAAUUCAGCGAUGCAUAUACCGCCAAGCGUGUGGCGACUAGCGUGUCGUCACAGACAUUUUACCUGACGUUUUUCAUGACCGAUUCUGUCUUCUUAUUGCUGCAGAUUUAUCACAGAGUGGAAAAUCGCCCGACGUUGCAUUCUUUCAAGGGAGUUAAGUUGAUUGGUCCGCAGGCCGAAGCGCGCAGAGCCAGAGAUGCGCUUGAAAUUAAUAAUCCGCGUUUUCAGUCGACAAGCCGGGAUGGGGUUUGCCUUCGGGCUACACAGCACAGGACCGAACUACCUCAGUAGGCAGGUAAAGCGGACGCGAUGCAUCAGGUCGAUUGUACAGACUUUCGUUGGGGACGCGACCGUGGAGCCGAGGUCGGAGAAUAGAGCGCAAUCAGCGUCAUUUGAGUACUUCCAGGUAGUGCACACCUUUUGAGUGUGCGGGUCAGGUUUUACCCCACAGAAGAGCAAUUUUGACGGUGGCCUCCUGUGAUUACUUCCUUCGAAUGCAUGUUCUGCUCCAAGGCGACUGUAGCUCGAAGUACUCGCCGGCCAUUCGUGAGCGCCCUGCCAACAUCGGACUCUGUUGUACUGUAUAGGGUAGUCGAUUCGUCGGACCCCACCUCCUUAGCGCUGCACUGGCAGCUGGCCGCUGCUUGUCCUUCAGACCCCAGGGCUGGAUUAUUUCCCAAAAAUUAUUUUGCUAUCUGCCGCCCGUCCCGUCUUACAGAGGCGAAAUUGAAGUGUUGGCAGUUUGAGACCAGGUCUGCGAGAUCGCCUAGGAUUCUGUGUUGGUGCACCGUUGCUUUGCCGGGCAUCAAAUAGUAGAACAACUGAUGGCUAGAAGGUUCCGGCAGAAUGCAGACAAUUCAGUUUCAGACAGAAGCGAACAGGUGAGUUCCAUGUGGCGGUUCAGAAGACGAGGAUGCGAUCGCUAGAACAAGAAAUUUAUUGGCCUUACGUUUCGGAUUCUCACUCGAAUCCAUCAUCAGAGAUAGUCACAGAUAAAGGUGAUGGUGGCACAGGGAGUGCAUAUAACGACUCGGACACGGACUGACAAGCUACCACCGCAUCAAUUACCACCCCAGCGGUGAUUGCGGGAACUGUUAAUUACAGUGCGCAUAUGGUCCCACGGCAGCCAUGUGCUAUAAAUACUGCCUCUCCCUCUGCCAUCAUCACUUUUAUCUGCGAAUGUCUCUGAUGAUGGAUUAGAGUGAGAAUCCGAAACGUCAGGCCAAUACAUUUCUCGUUUCAGUGAUCGCAUCUUCGUCUUCUGAAUUCAGUUGAUGGGAUGGUAAGAUCGUCAGACGAAUAAAUAGGCCAUCACCACCCACCUUUACGAAGCGGCCUCUCUUGUCCUAACUUCUAAUUAUGUUACGUAGCUAGUGUGCAGCAAAUCAAACCGAUUUGGUUACUCAGCGAUGCAAUAAAAGAUUUGGCAGCGAGGGGUUGCCACCUGUUUUACUAUCCUGCCUUGUCAGUCAGGAGUGGCGAGAAUUUUCGCGAAACGCACUUAAGGCGAUGCGGACCUACACAGCAAAGCGAAGUCAAUGGUAGGGGGCGCUCACCGAUCGUUCUUUACGGAACUCACUGGUUCCGUUGUGCCUUACGGGCUCUCUCUCGAGCCCAACCAGCAGCCACACAGCGGCGCAUGAUAAAGGCAGAAUGAUAUUACCGACAAAGACAAGGGAGACUGGAAUGCCCAUUUCUGGCUUAUUAGCCGUCGUCAGCCAGUCAUACCGAACCCCGAACUCUGGAGACCGCCAGUUCGAGCCUGGGGUGUUCCACACUUCGGAGUUGGGUAUGACUGGCUAACGACGGCUAAUAAGCCAGAAAUGGUCAUUCCAGUCUCCCUUGUCUUUGUCAGUAAUAACAAAGCGAAGUCAUUAAAAAUGACAGCGAGUUUAAGCCCCUUGGCUGCCGAGACUUGCUUGCCGCACAAUCCACAUGCAUGACAACGACGACAGUUUCACUGUCGCGCCACGUGCACGACCUGCUCUCCCCACCCCCGCCCACCCCCCCAAACGCACACGGCGGGAUUUCACGCACAGGGGGACAGGACGCUCGGAUGCCACAUGCAUCAGAGAAACCACACAGAGAAAAGGGCCGAAAAACAUACUCCCCUCUUAUGUGCUGAUGGGGAAGUGUGUGGUGGUAUGCCUCUGGGUGGGACCGGACGCUCGGAGCCGAGAAGAGGGUCAGCAGUGGAGCCACACGGAGAGAAGGACUGAAAGGCACACUUCCCUCCUACGUGAGGUUCCUGUGGUGUGGGAUGUUGACGUGGUGUAUGCGUGGUGCAUGUGUUGAUGGGGUUUUGUGUGGUGGUAUGUUUGUGGGGAUUUACCACAGCUUUUCACGAAGGCACAUGCGAUGAGUUUAUUUGCGUGGACAGUAUGAGCGGUGGAGGUGGGUGUGGUGUGUGUAUUUUAGUGCUCCUGGCACUGGUUCGCCAGUCCCUGUGCGAUUUAUCCGCAAGUAACCGACCAGGCCGGUGCGUGACGUACAUUUGCGAUGGCAGUGAAAACUGGGAUAGGUUCUGGGCUGUAGAAUCGGAUAGGAUGGUGAGGCUAUUAACCCGUUGUGAAUCCCAAAAGACUUCAAAUAGCACUCUUUCAGCUAAUAUUAGGAGUACGAUUUCGCAACGCAGUUCUAGAAACAGCUACCAUUUGGUUUCGAGAGCCGACCAACACUUCAGCAAACUGAAUGAAAGAUAGCCAGAGAAAUGAAUCAGGUCUGGCAGUUAGAAGUUAAUGCAUUAUACUGGCGAUUCGACCUAUCCCCAGCUCCUGGAGCCAUCUACUAUAGGUACAACAAUAAGGAACAAUCAACUAACGACACCUCCAGGAUAACCUUCAACUGUUUUCUUGUCUCCACUGGUGCACUAAAGUACAAAUGGCAAUUUUUUGCCUCUAUCUCGUUGUCCAUGGGCCUGGUUUUGGUUAUAAGAGCUUCAAGAGAUGUUUCAAGGAACUAAGAUUGCCUUCAGGCUUUUUUGAUUAUUUUCCAGUUAAUUGGUCUUGUUAAAAUUGUGCCUUUUUGAUGCUACCAUCAGCCGCGUACCGUGUCAUGCCUUCAGGCGAUUGGGCCUUUUUGUCCAUCUUAUUUGCAUGGGCUCGGUGUUACAAAAAUUUCACUCUCUCUCUGCUAGUGAUGAUCUGGCCUACGCACACCCUGUGAUUGAUCAAUUCGAACUACCAGAGUCUCCCGCCCCGACCGACAUUCCAAUCCAUCUGGCGCGCAUUGCUUGCCCACCCGGAGCGACUUCCUUGAACGACUGCUCUCUAGGCUCAGGCUGGGGUGUUGUGAAGGGUUGCGUUCACUCCAUGGACGUCGGAGUUAUUUGCGGCCCACAGGAAACAGCACCGACCCUCGGUAGGUCUCGGAGCCUGGGGGCACCCUCUUUGUUUUCUUCCUGCCAUACUACUACCAAACCCUGGCUGGUCGCUGAUCAGGCAAAUGUUGCCCACCAGCCAAUAAGGCCUCCUCAUCAGCCGUCCAACAAAACCCGGCGACCUUAAACUGACUUGCUAAAGCUGGUGGAGAAAGACGUCCAACUUCGAGCUCAGUAACGGCAGAAAACCUUUCCUCCAUCCAGUGGCUGUUCGGUGAUCAAGAGCCUAUGAUCCCCGCGCAUCGGUUGGAUUUCCUGAGGGCUAAAGGUUUCACGAACGGAGGCGAAAGCUCGAGUUUCAGGUGUAUGCAUAGGUGAAGUGGAGGAGUGUUCGAGCACCGGAACAUUCUGUUUACUGUUCUGAGCUUUCGAGCUCCUGCAGGUGUCCAUCGUCAGAGAUAGUAGCAACAACAGAACCAACGACGGUUAUAGGGCGUGUUAUCCAAUCAUCGAUCGACGGCGCAAGACGGGAGGUGACUGCGCGGGACUCUGUACGCCGGCGUCCAGAGGUUUUUACAUUCUUUCCAUAAGGGCCGAAGACCGUCCGAUGACCGGUCAGGCGUCUUGUCGUUUAUCCUACCGGACUGUCUCGCGUUAUGUCGACACUUGGAAAUGCUGUACAUGGGUUUAUUAAUAACGUAUCUGGAUCACCACAAUGACUACUACUACUACUACUACUACUACUACUACUACUACUACUACUACUACUACUACUACUACUACUACUACUACUACUACUACUACUACUACUACUACUACUACUACUACUACUACUACUACUACUACUACUACUACUACUACUACUACUACUACUACUGCUACUACUACUACUACUACUACUACUACUACCACCACCACCACCACCACCACCACCACUACCCGUUGUGGUGGCCAAAUAUUGAACUACUGACCCUUAGAAUGUAUUACUUUAGCGAAGGUGUCUAGACAGUUCGAUCGUCAUUGAUGACGAUGUCCACCGUGCACUUCACAGCAGGGUGAGAGUAGGGACAGUGAGUCACGCGUGAUCUAGUUUAUAGUGAUAGUGGACUUGCGCAGCAUCUACCGCGCUCUCUCCUUCCCCCCUCCCCCCCGGUGCCCGGUCUCAGGAAGACCGGAGGCGGGAGAGGGCGCAGGUGGGUGGAAAGACGAAAACCCGCACCUUCGCCUGGUCUACAACAAACGCUUGAUCAGAAUUUUAGACGAGAACAGAGAGCCGAACGGAUCUCAAUUGGCGCGGCAUGGGCCUGCAACUGGGCGUGCUACCACACCCCAAAUGUUGGCACUUCUUGUAGGUGUGCGUUCCCGAUAAUGCCGGUCGGACUCCGAUUUGGCCCCCUGUUGCCGAAUUUUUUUAAAAGAGAAGUUCCCCUGGGCUGCGUCUCCUACCAAAAAGAAGGCACUCUCCAUUUCUAAUGGCUAUUCGUGAUGCGCAUAGUUUCAAGUACCUAGAAGUCGGAGUUUUACCAAGUGGUCUACAGCAAACACUUAACCAGGAGUUUAUACAAACAGAACAGGGGGCGGGACAUGACCCUGCGAUAGUGUCCGCCGUCAUGCCCCAAACAUUGGCACUUCUUAUGGGUGCGCGUCUCCGAUAGCGCCUGUCGGUCACCGAUGUGACCCGUGUUGUCUAGGAUGCUUCUAAAGGAAAAAAAUUUUUGGGCUGCUUCUCGUGAUGCGCCUAGUUUCAAGUACCUAGAGGUCGGAGUUUUACCAACUGGAAGGACUAAGAAUGACACUUUCGAGGGUGCCUGGGCCUGUCCUGAUUCCCCACGUGUAACCGGGUUAGCAUGUGUUUGGCCACUCAUCCCCGACAGUUGUAAAUGCCUAAUUAAGUGGAUAGAAGACGGUGUCCCCUAAACGGUAGACGCGCUGGACCUACACGGGGACUAUAAUUGGAUGCGAACCCAUAAGGUUGUGGUGGCACGUCUGGUUGCCGGCAGACGUGGCGCCAAUUGGAAUUUCGCCCUCCCCACCCACUUCCGUUGUCGGAAAUCCUGAUCAAGUGUUUGUUGUUGUUUGUUGUACGCCUGGGUGCGGGCUUUCGCCGUGCCAACCACCUGCGUUCUAUCCCGCCUCCGGUCUUCUUGACGUGGUUAUGACACCUGCCGUAGGUGGGAAAGGAGGAGUGCGGUGGAUGCUUCGAAAGUCUGCCAUCGCUGUUAACUAAUUUACACGAAAUUCACCGUGUCUGCUCUCACCCUGCUGUGGAGCACACGAUGGACAUAGUCGACACGAACGGCUAAACUGUGUCGGAUAGGAGACUAGCGAACGCUGUUACCCGAGAACGAUCCUCCGAGUGAAGUGUCUACAUAGGUGCCCUUUUUGGUGCUGUAGAUCAAAAGCGUCCUGUUAUCUUCAGCGAGGCAAAAUAACCCGUUUUCCUGUUCUUCACUUUUCAGAAAAGUCAGUGCAUUUAUAUUCACAUGUCACCACGAGUCCUCAUUACCUCGUUUACGUGUUUCCUCGUGUCCCCAGUAAGACGUCUCCGCCCCCACUAUCUACCAUCGUAUCAUGAUCACUGCGACGGCUGUAAGGCCUCUGUGUGUGUGUUUAUCAACUGAAGGUUCACCUGCUUACUCGCACUGUUGCCCGUGGUAACGCUGUCGCCCCUCUGCACCAUGACUGACAGCGUUGGUGACGCAGCCGCCUGUGUGGUGUGACCGUGGUGCGGGCAGUAAUCCAACGUCCAGCGCAGCGCCGUUGCGUCAGAUCUAAUGGGCCCAAGCACAUGCGUGAAACGCGAGUGAUCGGAGCUUUGUGCUGCGUGGCCGCGAUGCCCAUGCCGUUCUCCGGCUACAGGAACAUGGCGGGUGCGUAAGGAGAGCUCGAAAGAGGGGGUGCUGUGCAAAGGACCGACAGGGCAGAGAUGAGCAACAGCGCUUAGUUUGUCCAAUCUCAUGCCACGACUGCCUCUGCCGUUAUGCAGGCCGGACGGUGUGAAAACCGCUCAUGCAUACUUAAGCACAGAUGGGAAGUCUCAAGUUACUGGCCCCAACAUCCGGAUAAUGGCGUGGGCCGGCAGUAGUGUUCCCUCUUCCAAUUUCUGUUUUCAUCUUUGGCUUUGUUAACCGUAUUUUAUGCCCGACAUUACACCUUCGCUCUGAAACUGAUGUCACAGUCUAACGGCUGACGACGAUGGGAGUGGUGGUCGUGAUGAUGAUGUUGAUGAUGACGAUGAUGAUGAUGAUGAUGAUGAUGAUGAUGAUGAUGAACAAAGUACAAUAUAAGCCUGUCCGGGUUCCUUACCAUUACGUGCCCUCUCUUGCCCUAGUUGCCCCUCCCCAGCUCCACUGUGAAGCUUCAGUGGCCGUGGUUACGUUCUCAAAGCAGCAUAACGAGGGACUUUCGCCCGGUAUGAUAACCAUCAACGGCACUCGCCCACCCGCCUGUGUAAUCAAUGUGACUGAGACAGACUCGGACAUUGUGGCGGUCAUCCCGAUGGAGGAGUGUGGAGGCACAUAUGAACUGGUAAUAAUUAAAUUUAACGUUAAACUGUCUACUUUAAUAUGGUCAGUAGAUCACAUAUAUGCUUUUUACUUCCAGAGUAACUCGACGAUCCUUGCACUGCGCCUCUCCCUCCUGAUCGGCACCAAUCGGUCGAGAUUGGGGUCAAGACCACAAACACUCCUGCCCAUUACCUGUUUAGUUAGUCGUGCCGAUUCUGUUAUUUCGGAUGUCCAAGCAGCCCCAGUGAGUACACUGCCCCCAGUGGUCGCGUCAUGGAAUACAUCAGCCACGUUAUCCUUCUACAGCGACAUACAGUGAGGCGCGAUUCAGUUCGUUUCAGAGCUAACCUCUUCCUUUUAGCUUUCUAAAUCCCAUCAGUAAGCCGCUGAAUAUCUUGCCGAAACAGACAAUCUACGCCAAAGUGUCUCUGAGGCAAGAGGACAUCAACGCCAAACUAGUCCUAAGAAAUUGUUGGGUGAGUGCGGAGGAGAACGCACCCCCCUCCGAGAAAUUUGCCCUCAUCAAAAAUGGGUACGUGGAACUUGCCUACUUUUUCCUUACUUGGGACUACCAUUAACUUCAGACUGAAUCUCAGGUAUUUCGCCUUUUAUUCUCUAGAUGUCCCGCCGACCCUGGUGUCCGCCUGAUACCCCGAUCACGAACCACAGUUGGUUUCUCCUUCAAGGCUUCGCAGUUUGACAGGGCCCGCCCAGUCGGUGGAAAAAUUCAAAUAUUUGUCAGCUGCGAGACACGUCUCUGCGCGCCCUUCGAGACGGACAGCGACUGCGUACAGUUUUGCCGUCUGCGUCCACAAAGGCGCCUUCGUAGCACAUAG